GCUAGCACUAGGGGUCUUAACGCAGAAGUUAGGAAGCUGGAAAUGACCAGUAGGAUAUUUUUCUAAACAGUUAGACCCUGUGAGUGCUGGCUGGCCAUCAUGUUUGAGAGCGGUAGCAGUGACGGUGAUUUUGAUACAAGAAGCCAGAAAAUUGACUUUGGGAAAGUGUAUUGAGGUAUAUGUACCUCAUACGGUAUUAACUGUCUUAGAACAAAAAGGGGGGCAUUGGCUUUCCCCUAGCAGGAUGAUGAAAUUCCAGGCAGUACUGACCGAACAAGAUGAUGUAAGCUUAAAAACAACUAAUUUGUUAAAUCCAGCAGCCUUCUUAUGAGCACCUGUGGAAGACGGCCCUUUGGAACAUGAUUGUGUGGAAGUUAUUGAACACACUCAUGCAACAAGGGCUGACCUGAAAGACACCCCACUUGAACAGCCUGAUCAAGAACUUUUUACAGAUGGAAGUAGUUAUGUAGAAAAUGGGACACAAUAUGCUGGGUAAGCAGUAACCACACAAAAUAGGGUAAUAAAAGCAGAGGCUCUUUCUGUAGGAACUUCAGCACAGCGAGCAGAAAUAAUAGCUCUCACGAGAGCCUUGGAAUUGAGCAAGGAUCAAUGAGUAAAUGUAUGGACGGACUCAAAAUAUGCAUUUGGAGUGGUUCAUACACAUGGAGCACUAUGGAAAGAACGAGGACUCUUAUCUUCGCAAGGUACGAAUAUAAAAUACCAAAAAGAAAUUCUGAAUUUGAUAACUGCUGUACAGUUACCCAAACAGGUGGCGAUCAUGCACUGUAAAGCACAUCAAGGAGGAGAUUCCAAAAUAGCUGAAGGGAACACGCUGGCGGACUGGACUGCUCGACGGAUUGCACGACAGGUAUCAAAUAUGAUGGCCUUAAUACCCACGAAGGUAAGCCCUUUACAAAAUUAUUUAAUGCAGAAGCCGAAGUACUCAGAGGAAGAUGAGAAAUUAGCUAGACUAAUGAAGGCCCAGUUGGGUUCAGAUGGAUGGUACCUAACUGCAACUGGACAAGUGAUUGUACCACCUACCAUCAUGCGGACAGUUUUACAGACAGAACAUCAGAAAUGUCACUGGGGAGCAGAAGCUUUAGUGGCGUAUUUAAAGUGCAGCAUAAUCUCGACACAGAUGUUAACAAUGGCAAAGCCAAUAAAUUCGAAAUGUGAAAUCUGUUUGAAGAACAAUCCGGUGGUUAGAAAAAGAAUAGAAAUGGGACAUAUCAAAGUAGGUAUGGAACCGGGUGAUUAUUGGCAGAUUGAUUUUGUAGAAUUGCCUAGAAGUCAAGGAUACAGGUAUUUGUUAAUCGGGGUUGACACUUUUUCUGGGUGGCUGGAAGCCUUUCCUUGUCGCACCAACCAAGCUAAGGAAACAGUGAAAUGGCUGCUGCGAGAGAUUAUUCCAAGAUUUGGGGUACCCCUAGGCCUAUCGUCAGAUAGGGGACCACACUUCGUAGCAGCUAUAGUUCAAGAGGUAAGCAAGAUGUUAGGAAUCUCUUGGAACCUCCACACACCGUGGAGGCCACAGUCAAGCAGACAAGUAGAAAAGAUGAAUCAGACAACUAAGCAGCAAAUCAGUAAAAUAUGUCAGGAGGCUAAAAUUCAAUGGCCACAAGCGUUACCAAUAGCACUCCUAAGGAUAAGAAUUAAGCCAAGGAGUGGGAUGACAGUAAGGCCUUACAAAAUCCUUUUUGGGAAAACAUAUGAGGCGCCGCAACCAAAUCCAAAUAUACAUAUCAAAGGGAAUCAAGAUAUAUAUAACUAUGUACUGUCUCUCAGUAGAACUCUGGCGCGGCUAUGAAGUGCCCUGAUCUGGAAUCGUCCAUUAUCAUUAGAAAAUCCAGUACACCAAACUGAGCCAGGAGACCAGGUCUACGUUCAAGAUUGGAAUGAAGAACCACUGAAGGAACGGUGGAAUGGACCGUACUUGGUGCUACUAACAACAUUUACUGCAGUAAAAGUAGAAGGAAUAAACUCUUGGAUUCAUUAUACCCGAGUGAAAAAGGUUCCUAGAAAUUGGGAAGUAGAAGCUCUUGGACCAACAAAACCGAGGCUGAAAAGCAGAUAGAUGUCGAAUUUUGUAUAUAAUACCUUAAUUGCAGUCUGGUCCUUGACACCCCUAACGGUUAUCACUUUUGUACAGGUUCCACAGAAAAAGGAAGUGAUGAAAUAUGUCACUGGACAAAAUGCCACUCUGUUUUGCAAGUUCAAAAACACUGUCCCAAGGAACUUGGAAUCAAACAGCAAUGUUCUCAUCUCUGUGAUGCAGAAAACCCUCAGAUACCUCCAAGAAACCUCCCCGGAUUUUGUUUUGACUACUGCUCCAAGUUUUACUUCAACUGCUGCUUUGCUAUCAGCCUGCUCAGAAGCGAUAAGCAUGUCCAAGAAUGCUGUGAGUCCUUCCCCCUUGCAGAACCUGUACAUUCUCAGUCACCCUGGUCCAGGUGUGUAACUGGCCUGGUAUGAAGCUACCAGAGGCAGGUUGAUUCAAAGUCACACAGCAAACUAGGAACAAAACCAAGAAGAGGACCCAAGAUACAUGCUUCCAGCUUCUCACUGCUUCUUUGGUACAAACAAAUGAGAACAAAAAGUACUUAUACAAAGGAAAGUAACUGUUUGGAGGGCCACUGACAUGAGGUCACGAAGGUCCUGCUCAGGCAUUGUGCUUGAGUGAGGGCUGCUGGUUCUCCAUGGAGUGCUGCUGCAACCUAGAGAUCACUUGGUGCCCUUGGAAGUCCACCUGUACAGAGCAGGGUGAAACCAAAGACCACUUCUUGGAGGUCAGUUGUAUUUCACAACUACUUCUUAUCCCAGCGUCUAUGCACUACAUGGUUUGCUCUACAAGUUUGUUGAUCCCAUGAGGUGAGCUCUACCAGGGAAAUACAAAUACAGUCCUGUUCUGGUGAAAGCAAAGAGCAAACGGACACUAUUUGUUCCACAUGCAACAGGGAUGCUGAACCAUGUUAAUAGCUUUCCUCAGACUGUCCUUGAGCUGCUUCAACAACUAAGACUCCAAAAAGAUCUUCUACUCCCACUGCAUCUGUCCCAAAAUUUUCUUCUAAGAAAGCUGAAGACAUAAACAGUGAAACAAGCUCCAUCUGGGAAAAACAGAUAGAACAUCAAAGCUGAGGCUAAACAUCACAAGUCAAAGCAGAAAGAGAAGAUUGCAUGCAUUUCCAAAACUAUACCAACACCACCUUUGCUAAAAAAGAAGAGCUCCCACCUAAUCAGAACCAAGAAGCUCCUUCCAAAGAAAACAGCACUAGCCAAGGAAAAACUGGAGAAGAAGGGGAAGAAGAGUAGAUUAGGAAGCAGCCUUUGAAGCUCAGUGAUAUCCCAGAAAAAAUAAGUCACUUAGAAGAUGGUUAAACAAAUGUUUUUGAUAGAGACCAAAUAAAAGAGGAUCAGUUGACUCGUUAUGCCAGUGCUCCCACGUGCGCCUCCAUUAAUAUCAGUGCUAGCAGUCUGUGUUCUACUAAACCUCAACAGCACCAGCCUCCUAAUACUAACUUGCUUUGCAGAUCCUGCUAUGACAUCUUUUUUCUGACAGAAGUAGUUAUCAGGGUCUUUGGACAUUUACUGGUAAGACUUGGUUGUGAAUGUGUUUCUAAUAAAUCCAAGUGUCUACAUCUUUCUGGGUUUACAUGUGUAAUCCAUGAUCAAGGAAUAGACAUGUCAAUGACCUCAACUUUCUUUUUUUUUUUUUGUUUUUUUUUUUUUUUUAUUUUUUCCUUUUCCUUGCAUUUCAGUGUAAAUAUAUAUAUUUUCUUCAAGGCACGGAUCACCUGCAAGUUUCAAAGGAUUCAAUAAGGGUGGGGAACAUCCAGUAAAUAUUUAAACCAAACAAACCCAAAGCAACAGAAACCAAUCAACCUCUCAAAAACACUAGUUACAGCUGAGAAACUGGAUUGAACUGUCACCUGGCUUCUAACUGAACAUAGGCUGGGUCCUGUCCUUCUGGAGAGCAUCUCUUGGCUCACAGGUGUGGCCAGGUGUAGGGUUACUGCCUGUAGCUCUCCCUGUCUGAGUCUUUUCUCUGUCAUGCGAGCAGCGUGGGGUUAGGAGUGACCUAGGGGAGUGUGAGGGUCCAGACAGGCUGCCAGGAGCAGCACUCUAUGGAUCUAUGGGGCAGAGGACAAAUCUAUGGGUCAGGGGAUGAAUCUAUGGGGCUGAGGGCAUAUCUAUGGAUCUGUGGGGCAGAAAGUGUGUCCUGACACCCCAAUGGAAGCAGAAUUGAGGGGUUCUUGGGCAUGAUGUGGAGCAGGGAGUGCAUCUAUGGGGCCAGAGGGUGGCUCUGUGGGGCAGAGGGAUGUAUCUACAUUUAAAAAACAACAAUGUGAAUUAAUAAUACCUAUCAGCACUAAAAAUAGAAGGUUGAUGAUCUAUUUGUGAAAUACCUAAGUAAACUCACCUAUAAUAAAACUUGCAAAGCCGAAGUGGCUAGAAAAUAAAGAUCUUUUUACCUUCCACAAGUUCACGAAAACCUAGAAAGGAGCAUGAUUACUUCCUACAUAACUAAAUAAAGCAAGCUUUGAGUCAUUAAGGCUGUUCAGAGUCAUAAAAUUUUUUGUUAAAUUUGCUUAAUUUGAAUUCUCAAUUCAAAAAGAACAAUUUAGUUCAUGCGUAUGUCACUGGCAGAGGCUGCCCAGGGAGGUGGUUGUGUCACUUUCCCUGGAGGUGCUUAACGGACAGGUGGAUGAGGUGCUGAGGGGUAUGGUUUAGGGAAUGAUAGGAAUGGUUAGACUCGAUGACCCAGUAGGUCCUUUCCAACCUAGUGAUUCUAUGAUUUUAUGUUGACUUCAAGGGCAAAGGAACUAAGAGAGCUGGUACGAAGGUACGCAGAGCACACUGUGACACCCAUUUGCAAUAGAGUGUUCCAAAGACGGCAACAACCCUCAAAUGUCACGAUCACAGAAUGGUCUGUGUGGGAAGGGACCUUAAAGCCCAUCCGUUUCCAACUCACUGCCAUGGGCUCGGACAUCCCACUGGAUCAGGGUGCUCAAAGCUUCAUCCAGCCUGGCCUUGAACACGUCCGGGGAUGGGGCACCCAUGUGUUCUCUGGGCAACCUGUGCCAGUGCUUCGCCACCCCCACAGGCAAAUAUUUCUUCCUAAAAUCUAAAGUAAAUCUUCCCUCUUUCAGCUUAAAACCAUUCCCCCUCGCUCUGUCUCUGCACCCCCGACCCAGAGCCCCUCCCCAGCUUUUAGAGCAGUGCAUUUAUUUGCGCAGCAGAGCUACAGCCUGUCUCGGAAUGCUGCUCUUAUCUCACCGAAGAGCCGAAGCAAAUGACGUAGUUUUGCAGCUUCAGCGUCACUGUUAUCUCCUACCGCCACCCUCUGGGCGCUCCUCCGGCAGAGGCGCUGAACGAACCCCGCAGCGGGGCUGCCCCCACCCCU